AUGCCGAGUAAUUUACCAGGCAUGCGGUUCAGUGCAACCAGAGAUUUGCAAGGCCAUACAGUUCACUUCGGCAUACAAGAACAAGACCUUCUAGUGCAACUACACAAGCCUGGAUCAACGUUGGAUCUGAUUCCGUCCAGAUUGCUGAAAGGAAUAGUCCCUUAUCAGUUCUCUGAUGGCUUUUCUCAUUGGUACCAUCACGAAACAAAAAGCAUAGAAUUCUGCAAAAUUCACAGGUCUUGGGCUUUGAACGAUCAGAGAAACUGGCGUUUUAUACAGGAUGAGGGCCAUUGGAAACUCGGCCGUCAUGGUGAUACAUUUCUUGUUGCCCCCUCAAGCAAGUUGGCAAAGCGAAUCGCAGAGAUCUUCAACCCUCUUGAAGCACCACUGGGACUUCACUUGCUUUACAGCACUGCCAAGUCAGCUACCGAGAUUCAAAUUCCAAAUCUGAGACUAGAAUUUCUUCUCAGGUCGGGGGAGUCAUUCAUCAAGUCCCGUCAGUUCCGUGGCAUGCACGUUGAUUCGAAUCAAUUUACAGGAACGCUCAUGGGAUUGAAAAGCAAACUCGUGUUAUCCAGCAGCAGUGAGCCAUCUAGCAGAACGAUCCUCAUUCCUGAUGGGGAUGUUCAACACGAGAUGCGUGCGUUCAACCAUCUUGAUAAACACACGAUGGUAUGGGUGGUUCAUGGUAGCGCGCGUCGUGUACAGGCUUACAAGCUUGACGGCCUGCUUCGUCGACUUGUAGGCAGCACCAAAACUGAGAGCAAGCUUUACCUGGCAUACCUCCACGGCCUCACCUCGUUCUGUCUCCCGGACCCCUUCAUCAGACGAACAGGAACUGAAGAAGCUUUGGAUAUAUUGGGAUCUGCGAUAGUCCGCGCGACCAGCGUCUUGAGUGAGACUUCGUAUGAUAUUUUGAACCUAAUCUCCUAUUUAUCACCAAAGCGUUCAUUCUAUCCAAGGAAUGAAAAAGUUAUGCAAGUCGUCGGGUGGUCUUCCGGGUUGAGUUACGUAUCCCAGGACGAUCGCUUCUACAGAGCCGUAUGCAAUCUACUUGCCGGAUCUCGUGAGAUUAAUUUUCUGUAUCCCAAACUUGAAGUACCGGACUCUCCAGACUUCUCCUCAGUCCAUUUGGUUGAAAGGGCAAUCAACAGGGCUUCCCGUGGACACGUUGCUGGCUUUGGUGCUGAAGAGUUUACGACUCAGCAUGAUGUCAGUUAUACCGCGAGGACUCAGCGAAUACCGUCAGAUCGAGGCAUACGCGCUCAAGAGAUCGCUUGCCGUAUCUACCACUCUCAGUGUUACAUUAUCGAGAGAGUCGAUCCUUGUUUUGCCCAGGUCUUCUAUCAACUUCUCACUGCGAGCAAUAUUCUCAGACCAAGUGAAAUGCCACCCAAGAGCAUGAUGCAGUAUGAUUCGAAAUGGUUCCAAGAGCCAGAGACAUAUUUGGCGUUAGAUUGGUGUAGGAUACACUACGCCUUUCACAAGAGGCAAGACUGGUUAAACAAAUUUGAACUGAUGGCCUGGAUAGCCACAGUGUCAUAUUCAAGUCACCACAACCCCCAAAUAACUCAGGCAUUAUUGAUGAUAGCCCAGUGCUCUCCAGUCGGCGAGAUACCUUUGCCGGAAGAACCUUUGUAUAUUCUCUCAGAAGGAUGUACUCCUAUUGCCGAAGAGAUAAGCAGGCUAGCAGAAAAUGAAGCCUAUCCUAUUACCUCAUGUCCAGAAGCUUCACUCCCCUAUUCGCGACGUGAAUCUCCCGAGCAGCUGGUAAGAAGACGCGAGAGGCGCUACAAAGAAAACAAAAGACUUGCAAUUCAUACUUUUGUUGACUGUAUCAUCUCUCAGUGGCCUUGCCCGGCCCUACGUACCCCGUCGGAGGGUACGGUUGAUACUUACCUGAGAUGUAAGAAUGUGAUGGCAAGCUUGUGUCCCAAAUGGGAUUCGUGGUAUGUGAAUUGGAAGUUCAAGGAGUAUCUUCAGGGGAUCUCUCAUCGUCUAAGAGAGGUGCCAGUAAGAGGUCUAAAACUUGAGCCCCAACCCGAGAGAGUUACGAUUUCCCCACCGAGUCGGCUUACUGGAUUUAUAUCCAUUGAGGAGUUGUUUGACAGUGCAAUUCAACAAUCAAUCUUCAGCCAGAUACCAAAGCCAGAUGUUUCCCUCCGAAUGACAAAGAGCGACUCGAGGACUGUAGAAAGUUUGACCGAGGUCAUUGGUAAUCUCGAGAUUCAGGCAAAGUUGCCGUACGAGCAUCGCUAUCUGAACCAUCUGCGGCAAAGUCUUUCAAACCUGAGCAAGCGGCACGACCAAGAACUAGAUUUCGACCAACGUGCCGUUCUUCAACCUUUAUUCAAACAAAACAUGGAGGAUUGCACGAAACACGCAGAAACGGCUUAUCAGUAUCUAUCAUGGGCAAUCAUUGACAGCCUGACGCGAAAGCCUGGUGUCCAAGUGCUGGAAUCCGUGAAGUUUAUUCUCGAAUAUUCGAACUACCUUCCUAGAGUUACACCGCUUCUGUUACUACAACAACUUCGACCAUCGCGUUUCUCUUGCCUGCCCGAAAGAUGGAAAGUGGCUAUUAUAGAGUACGCGAUUGCCAUCACCGCUGCUCAGCGGGCUAAACGACUGGUACGGUUUGAAUCUAGCCCUGCGGAUCUUCUCCGCGAGGUCCAGAACCCUGGGCAUGAGACGUGGGAAGCCUGGGAUCACCCUGAGUGGUUGCUACUGGAAUGCGAAAGCGAGAUCAUGAUACGAAACGUGCAACAGCAAAUCGCGCAGAAGAUGAUCAGCCCCCCAGAGAGCGAGAAUGCAGUUAUGCAGCUGAACAUGGGCGAGGGAAAAUCUACUGUUAUCGUCCCAAUGGUCGCUACAGCUCUCGCGGAUGGUACAAAGAUAAUUCGUGUCAUCGUUGCCAAGCCUCAAGCAAAGCAGAUGCAUCGGAUGAUUGUUUCAAAACUGUCUGGUCUACUUGAUCGCCCAGUUUACCUCCUUCCAUUCUCAAGAGACAUUCGUAUGAAUCUGCAACGCGCAGAGGCGAUUCAUCAAUUAGUCUCGAGAUGCAGGAAAGAAGGUGGCGUCCUGAUGGUUCAGCCGGAACAUUUGCUGUCGUUGCAGUUGAUGGAGCUAGAAUGCCAACUCAGCAGUAACAAGGAAGCUGCAGAGCGAUUGAGUUCAAUCCGUGAACUAUUCAACCAUGCGUCUCGAGACAUCGUCGAUGAAAGCGACGAGAACUUUAGUGUGAAGUUUGAGCUUAUAUACACCCUGGGGCAACAGUGUUCAAUCGAAGAUAGCCCCAGCAGAUGGGUAGUCAUUCAAGAAGUGCUGGGGCUGGUCGCCCAAGUCGCUGGAGAAGCCAAAUAUGAGUUUUCGAAAUCACUUGAGUUCGAUGAUCGCAACGAUGGGCAAUAUCCCAUAGUGCGCUUUCUCCAAGCUGAUGCUGGCGAGGUAGUUCUCGAUGGUGUUAUCAAGAGAAUUUGCAAGACUGGUAUGCGGGGACUCCCGAUCUCAAACCAGCCUGAGAAAAUUCGGACUGCUGUGUACCACUACAUCACUCUAUGGAAGCUCAAGAAGGCAGAUACUAAGCUGGUCGAGACCAGCAUGUUCUUUGAUGGAGCAGCGAUCGGCCGCAUUCUACUUUUGCGAGGUCUAUUCGCCGGCGGUAUCCUUGCUUUUGCGCUGGGUCAGAAGAGAUGGAGGGUAAACUAUGGAGUCGAUCCGCGCCGUGAGACUGGGACCAAGUUGGCUGUUCCUUUCCGCGCCAAGGAUAGCCCAACGCCGCGAUCAGAAUUCAGCCAUCCUGAUGUCGUGAUUACCCUUACUUGCCUGAGUUAUUACUACGGUGGCUUGGACGAAGAAGCUCUAUUCUCUGCCUUUUCAAUCCUUACCAAAUCUGAUAAUGCCAGCGUGGAAUAUCAUGAGUGGACCAGGACCGCUCCAAACCUACCAUCAUCGUUCAGAACCCUAGAAGGGGUCAAUUUGCGAGAUCGGGUCCAGUUCAAAGAAGAGAUAUAUCCCCACCUCCACUUCUCUAAGUCGGCGAUAGAUUACUACCUGAGCCACCUGGUUUUCAGCAAGGAGGCGAAGGAGUUUCCGCAUAAAUUGUCGGCAUCAGGCUGGGAUCUAGCCAAGGUUAAAGAGAAUCCUACCACUGGGUUCAGCGGCACCAAUGAUUCAAGAUACGUUCUCCCUACGGAUAUCAAGCAACUAGACCUUCCAGAGCAGACACACACCAAUGCGCUCGUCCUCAGCUAUUUGUUGCAAUCACAAAAUGGGGUCACUUUGGUGCCACAGGAAGCCAGAGGUACCCCAUUCAACAGCCGGAUGCUUCUAGAUAUGAUAUCGCGAAUGAACACGCAGACACGUGUGAUCUUGGAUGUUGGUGCUCAAGUAAUUGAUCUCACUAACGUAGAGUUUGCAAAGCAGUGGCUCUCUCGUUAUCAGGAUGAUGACAACACCCAAGCAGUCGUCUGUUUCAAUGAAGAUGACGAGAUUGUUGUACUCGAUCGUUCAGGCAAAGUUGAAGAGCUUGAAACGUCACCAUUCGCUGAACAUAUGGAUCAAUGCCUUGUCUUUCUAGAUGAGUCACAUACAAGGGGGACAGAUCUCAAGCUCCCCCCAAACUACCGCGCAGCGGUCACACUGGGUGCCGGCUUAACAAAGGAUCGACUAGUUCAGGCUUGUAUGCGAAUGCGGAAACUCGGGAAGGGACAAAGCGUAGAGUUUUGCGUGCCGUGGGAGAUUGAGCAGAAGAUUAUCCGCUUAAAACCUCAAGAAAAAGCUGCCAGACGUGAGAUCGUCAUAUCUGACGUUCUCAGUUGGGUCAUUACCGAAACUUGUCUCGAUCUGCGUAAAGCGAUUCCCCUAUGGCUCAGUCAGGGUGCUCGAUUCAGUAGACACCAAGAGUUCUGGUCAAAAAAGGAAGGCGUUGCUGUUUCCGGAUGGGCUGAGCAGUUUCUCGAAGACGAAGCUCAGACCCUGGACCAACGCUAUCGUCCGAGAACCGACCGCAUUACUUUGGAUUCACUUUUGGACAAAGCUGGUUUAGUCAUGGCUAACGAGCUCCGAGCCCGCUGCGAUGAGUUUGGAUUGACCGAACUUCAUACAGCAUCAUUACAAGAAGAGCAAGAGCGAGAGCUUUCCCCCGAAACAGAGCAAGAACGACAAGUUGAGAAACCACCUGCGGCAGAGCCAGAAACCCAUUUUGUUAGUCAAUCUCUCAGAGAUUGGAUCCUGAAGGGUUCUUCCUCAAUCGAUAUCGCUUUGUUCCAGGCUGAGCAUAAGCCAGCCUUCCAGACGCUGAAAAACACAUCGGCAGCUCAAUAUUUCAACGUUCAAGUUUUUCCGAGUAUUCUGCGUGCCACAUUGGAUUUCGCCAAGACAGUCAAAGGGACCUUUGGAGCCAGGAACUACUCAGACUGCUUUCAACGCCCUGUGCAAUGGAUCUUGACCAAUAAGCGUCAGGCCGAAUCAGUUUGCCUUGUGAUUAUAAGCCCAUUUGAGGCUCAAGAGCUACUACCACUGAUCGAAAAGUCUCAGCAUGUGACUCUACACCUCUAUGCUCCCAGGGUAAACCUUGCCUUCCAAUCGCUUGAUCAUUUGCGCCUCUACCGGCUGUCGGGAAAAUUCACUACGGAUGCUAUCCCAAGGAGUGCUAUCACGUUUCUGAACCUUUUUUCAGGACAACUCUAUCUGUCGUCUUUCCAAGACUAUACCUAUGUUUGCGAUCUGCUUGGACUGGCUUGGGAUGCCGUGGAUAAGUCGGUGACCCUUGGUCCGGAUGGUUUUAUUCCGCCAGGCAUCAGAGGAAGUGUCAUCAAUAAGUCAGAAUUUUCGCAGAGCCCGGUUCAAUUCUUGCGACUAUUUAUGGAAAAUAUCCGGCAAGAUUGCGGAUCAAUUGAGAAGACAGAUAUUGGUAGAAUCUUUGACGGCAUGCGUCUGCUGGAGGAUGACUUUCGCGGAAGGAGUUAG